UUGGUCCCCUCUGCCCAAUCGGAGGCUCCUCUCACACAUCUACCGGAGCCGAAAUGGAUCUAUUCAUGCAGCAGCUCUGUCCUCCCGUAAGGACCGUGACGCCCUUUGUCGGGGGCUCUGUGGCGCCUGGUCGCUGCUUUAAAAAGCAGCACUGACAUGGAAACCCCAUUACAGCUGCAGAACGAUUUCUUCCCAGAGCAGCAGCUCCAGCACUGUAAGUACCAGCACUACUGCGGACGCGAGGAUCGCCUCGGCAAGCAGCACGACCAAUGCUGCACCUGCAAUAAUUGCACCUGUGAUGCGAGAAAAAGCCUCGUCUUUCGCGGGACGUCGCCGGCCACUGUGGGAACUUUAAGGGCACCUUCGGAAACGUCUUCGAGGCAAGGCUGCCAGUACAGCGUCUGCGAGUUCACACCUUCUAGUCAUGGUAGUUCAUCCAGACAUCAUCAUCAUCAUCCUCACCAUCAGCAGCAGCAGCAGCAUUGCCGCGAUAGGCAGCGGGGCAGCCUGGGCAGCAGCCACAAAGACAGUAACUCCUACAAUGAAAUAGCCAUGAGCAGCUGCAGAUACAACGGCGGCGUAAUGCGGCCGCUGAGCAACUUGAGCUCGUCCCGCAGAAACAUACACGAGUUUGAUUCCGAGUCCCAGCCUUUGCAGCCCAUCUCCGCCGCAGAUGCGUCGGACACUUUAGUAUCCAAGCCGGAGAAUAAUUCAAGCACCCUGAUGCCUUACGCAUCGGGAGACGGAGGGGGAGGCUGCAGCCACAGCGGGGCCAAAUCGGGUAAAAAGAAGAACCAGAACAUUGGGGAGAAGCUGGGGCACAGGAGGGCCUUGUUUGAGAAAAGGAAACGGCUCAGCGACUAUGCUUUAAUCUUUGGGAUGUUUGGGAUCGUUGUUAUGGUUAUAGAGACUGAACUCUCAUGGGGAGCGUAUGGAAAGGAAUCCCUAUAUUCAUUAGCUCUAAAAUGCCUGAUAAGCCUUUCUACAAUCAUUCUCCUGGGGCUGAUUAUCAUCUACCAUGCAAGGGAGAUACAGCUAUUUAUGGUGGACAAUGCAGCUGAUGACUGGAGGAUAGCCAUGACAUAUGAGCGCAUCUUCUUCAUCUGCCUGGAGAUCCUGGUGUGCGCCAUACACCCCAUCCCAGGCAACUACACCUUCACCUGGACGGCACGCUUGGCCUACUCCUACGUGGCAUCCAAGACGGAUGCAGAUGUGGACAUCAUCCUGUCCAUCCCCAUGUUCCUGCGCCUGUACCUCAUCGCUCGCGUCAUGCUGCUGCACAGCAAGCUCUUCACCGAUGCCUCGUCCCGCAGCAUUGGUGCACUCAACAAGAUUAACUUUAACACGCGAUUUGUGAUGAAGACUCUCAUGACCAUCUGUCCCGGCACUGUGCUGCUGGUCUUCACCAUCUCGCUAUGGAUAAUCGCUGCAUGGACAGUGAGAGCCUGCGAGAGGUACCAUGAUAACCAGGACAUAACCAGCAACUUUCUUGGAGCCAUGUGGUUGAUCUCAAUCACGUUUCUUACCAUUGGUUAUGGGGAUAUGGUCCCACAUACGUACUGUGGGAAAGGAGUCUGCCUCCUGACUGGCAUUAUGGGCGCUGGCUGCACUGCCUUGGUGGUCGCUGUGGUGGCAAAGAAACUGGAAUUAACCAAAGCUGAAAAACAUGUUCACAAUUUUAUGAUGGACACCCAGCUAACAAAAAGAGUGAAAAACACAGCUGCGAACGUUCUCAGGGAGACGUGGCUCAUCUACAAGAACACUAAACUGGUGAGGAAGAUGGACCACGCCAGAGUCAGGAAGCACCAGAGAAAAUUUCUCCAAGCCAUUCACCAAAAAAGAAAAAACAUAUCGACACUAAUAGCGUUAAUUUAUUGGGUUCUGAAUGGUCUUGUGUUCAGAUUGAGAAGUGUUAAAAUGGAGCAACGCAAGCUGAAUGACCAAGCAAACUCACUAGUGGACCUUGCUAAGACUCAGAACAUCAUGUAUGACAUGGUAUCAGACCUGAAUGAGAGAGGGGAGGACAUGGAGAAAAGGAUUGCCCUGCUGGAGACGAAGCUGGAGACUCUACUGAGUAACUUGCAAGCUUUGCCCGGACUCAUCAGCCAGGUCAUCAGCCAGCAGCACAGGGACUUCCUGGAGGUGCAGCUCCAGCCUUAUGACAAACACAGCCCUGAGCGCUCACAGUCAGUGUCCCGGCGGAGGUCGUCCUCCACGGCACCGCCCACCUCCUCCGAGAGCAGCUAGAGUCCAGGGGGAACGCCUCCACUGGAGACUUUUGCCAUCAUAUGGCCAAGUUGCAUUUAUCGUAAAGCCUUAUGGUUUCAAUAAGUAUUAUCCAAAUUCUGAUGACAGAAUCCAAGAUACUGAGGACAAUACAUUUUAAUGGAUAACUUCAUGCUGUUAUUUAUUUUUUAUUACCUCAAAAGAUGUUGUUAUCCUUGCUCUGGUGACAUAAAAAUAAUGGCGCUUCCCUCAGUAACAACUAAAAGGCCUAUCGAUGGGGCUGUGAUAAGAACUCUUCUCCAUCUCUAUGCAGAGGUAGCCAGUUUUAGGUAGCAGGGUUACCAAGUGUGAAACUAUUGCACUAAAAUAGUGCUUCUCACAGACUUUGUGCUUCUGCUGGCUUGAUUCAGUCUCUGUGUUCCUCAAAGGAAACCGAGAAACCACUGAGAAAUCAGUCAGGGAGCAUGGCAGUGAUAUUGAGGAAAAGUGCUGCGGUUUACGGACUGGAGUGAGCUGACAGCAGAAGCCAGAUGAAAAUCGCUCCUACACACUGUCACUCAGAGAUAACUUUAAAAGCUUGAAAUGAGGAAAACAGCAUAUAUCUUUUAGGUUAGAAACAGCAUCAACUAUAAUGGUUUUCCUUUGCAGAGUGCCCCUGUAGAAUGACUAUUUUUUGGGGCCACGUUGCAAAUAAUUUAAUCCUCUAGUAAAAAUGAAUGCAUCAGAACCUGUACUUGCACUUACUUUUUAAUCAAUGCACUUCAAUGCUGACUAAGAUAUGAUAUAAAGAUACGUUGCUCAUUAAAAGAAGAACAUUUUAAAUGUUCGGGCAUGGGUUUAUUAUUGUCAAUUAUCGAGUUGUGGCUAGUGUUAAUGAUUCAAAUCGAAGCCCUAUUUCUGUUUCUCACAAAGAAGCAUCAUCUUAGACCUGCAAAAGUCUUUAGAAACUUACUGAGUGAUCAUACAUUUACUAAUUAACCCCCAGUCUCGCUGUGUCUCACCUCCUGUCCUUUUUUUUCUUUUGCCUGUGCUCUUUAUGCUUGCUGCCAUCCCAGCUGGGCAACAACAAAUGCUGAACAACAAAACCGUAACCAUAUCUACCUUUUAAAAAGUAAAUGCCUAUUUUUAUAUACUUUAAUGAGGAGAAGCACACCUCUUCAAACUAAACAAACAACAACGUGGGAUCGAUUAAGAGGCAGAUUCAGCAUAACUAGCACACGGUAAGGAUAUCUCGGACUGGAGCUGAGAUCCAUAAAACUGUCUGUGAGACUUUUUCCUGAACAUAAUUAACAAACAGUGUGAUUUAAAAACUGUGGCAUUCUUCCCACUUCAUCUAUCGUUUACAGCAUACGCUUUGGAUGAUACUGCUGGAUGAGCUGGAAGAGCAGGGCUGGUAAAUGUGAUUGGCAUUUACUACACUUGGAAAUGUUACGGUCCACAAUUGAUUUAACAUAUAUUCUGAUUUUAUUCAUAUAUCCACUUUGGUCAUUAAUGCACUGUAGCUACAUAUGAACUGUGAGAUCUCCUGAUGUGUCCAACAUACUCUUUUAUGCAUUAUUACUCAGUAUAUGACCAUAAUGGUUGUGUAUUCUUAAAACAGCCGUUCCAAGGUUCACAGAGCAUCGCAUGGGUCAGAGGAGAUCCAUCACAGGUCUUGUUCAACCAGCUCACUCAUUAACCAAUAAAUCAAUCAGAGAGUUGACAAAACACAGAUGUUCCGUCCACAAACUUUAGCAGCAUAGAAACCAAUGACAGACUAUACUGUAUGCGACUUAAACGAUAAAGAAUUAAACAAUAAAAAUAUACAAUUUCA